CGGGCCCGCCCUCGUCCUCCAUGGUCGUAUCCGCGUGCGUCGAGCGCUGCUGCCUUUUGCCUUCGUCCUGUUGCACCUCCCCUCUUGUCGUACGACGGCCUCGACACCCUCCCUCUCAGACUGUCGGUGUGUGGACGCGUACAUGAACAUUCAAAGCUGGUUAGAGCAGACCGAGACCCCCACGACGUUGGGCCUACCGGCAGCCCUGAGAGCAAGGGAACCUGCUGCCCAAGAUGCACUCCGGCCCUCGCCCCGCCACAAGCGCCCUCGGCAUCUGCCUUCUUCCGAUAGCUCGCUGCUCCGAGUCGAUCGCCCUCUGGAAACACCUGGUGCUGCUGCUGAUGAUGACCUAACUUUCGCCGACGACGCUGCAGCUUCCAUCCACAGUCCACCAGUGCAAUACGCUCGAAGACCACGCCACAAGACGCGCCCAGAUACAUAUGAACCCCGCAAAGACGACGCAGAGCAGAGGCGGAAAAAACACCACAAGCCAAAAGAGCGUCGUUCGAAGAGGAGGGACAAGCCAGACGGUCUGGUACACACCUUUCACGCCAAGCAUGUCGCUCGAGAUAGGCUGACCUUGAAACCAAAGGAAAAUCUAGGCCUGUUCAAGAAGGGACGGGCGUCGUCCCCAGUCAGGGGACGCGGAUUACCGGACCUAGUCUUCUCCGAGAUGCGUUUUCUGCAGAAGCACAGUGACUCUCAUGAAGCCAAUUCCAGAGACGAACAAGGCCAUGCCGUCAUACCCUC